AUGGCCUGGUUUGGCGCUUGGUCUUGCCUCAUUGGAGAAGCAGAUGGAGACGUGGCCACAGUGGACGUGGUGCAGGCCCCGGUCCCGUCUGAAUCCAACCCCCCAGCAAGCCCCACACGUUCCAGAUCCGUGAUCAUCGAAACAUCCCAGGACAUGAAACAGGAAUACGAGCCGGAGGAGACUCCGCCCGAGUCUACAUUGAGCGGAUCCCGGAAUCGAACCAGCACCAUGCGAGCCAGUCUCUGCUCCAUCUCCACCGGGGACCACGACUCGACGCGCUCCCGCUUCAGCACCCGCUCCAACCUUGAGAAGCUUCGGGUGCCCCUGGAGACCAGGGGCCGCGACUCUGUCUUGACCUUCCACACAGGCGUCAACCACGACUUCAUCAUGGGGGAUGAGCUGGGGGUGGGAGGCUUCGGCAGCGUUUACCUGGCCAAGAGUAUUUCCACCUCGAAAGAUGUGGCGGUCAAGAUCAUCCCCCUGAGCAAUCUGGACUCAGCAAGGACGGCGGACUUUAAGGAAGAGUUGAAGGUCGCGCGCAAGCUGAAGCACCCCAACAUUGUGCAGUUGCACGCCUCCUAUGAGACGGGUGACAAUUACUAUUUGGUCAUGGAGUACUGUAUGGGGGGCACGUUGGGCCAGUACGUCCUGACCAAAAACGUGAAAAAGGAUGACAUAGGCUUCCUGAAGGUGGGGCUGGAGACUCACAUCUUCGCACAGUAUGCCUGGCAGAUGCUCUCAGGCGCGGCGUACCUGCAUUAUUUUCGUGUCGUGCACCGGGACAUCAAGCUAGAGAACUAUAUGAGGAUUUCAACUGGCGAGGGCGCCCAGCUGAAGCUGAUAGACUUCGGCCUUGCCUGCCGUAUGAAGCCAACCAGGGAGCCCCUGUGCGAGAUGGUGGGCACCGUGCUGACCAUGGCUCCGGAGAUCCAGAGCAGGCGCUACAACGAGAAAGUAGACAUUUGGAGCAUCGGCAUGGUGCUCUACAUGUGCGCGGUGGUCAUGGACCCAUGGUAUCAUGCAGAGGACCCCGCGUUUGCCCAGAUGUCUGAGAAGGAGAUCCUGGACGCUUUGAAGAGCGAGGAUUUGGUGAUCCCUUAUUACGAGGAGUAUUGGUCUGUCAAGGACCUGGAGAUCCGGAAGUUGGUCCAGACCUUGUUAACGGUGGAUGCCUCCGAUCGGCCCAGCGCGCGGCAAGUGAUCUCUAACGACAAGUGGCUGCGUACACUGGGCCGGGAAGAUGGUUGUUGCUGCGCCAUCGCCUAA